GCCCUGAGUGGCUGGGUCCCUUGGGUGCCCUCCGGGCCCUUCCCACGGAAUCUCUGCAGAAGUGGGUGCAGCAGGGGGGCGUGCUGGGACCCCUGCAGCAGCUCACUCCCUGGGACGAGCUGGUGAGACGGGAGGCCAAGUUCCCAUCGCCUGGGUCCACACCACACUGAUCCAUAAGCGCUUGCAGUUGCCAGACGGGCUCUAAGCGUCUACAGAUGGAGGCAUCGUCCGAGACCACCCAGCUCUUAUGUGUGGCCCCUGGAUUUGAACCAGGAUCAGUUUGACAACUUAGAAAAACACACACAGUGGGGAAUCGACGUUCUUGAGAAAUACAUCAAGUUUGUAAAGGAAAGAACUGAGAUCGAGCUCAGCUAUGCAAAGCAACUCAGGAAUCUUUCGAAGAAAUACCAACCCAAGAAGAACUCGAAGGAGGAGGAGGAAUACAAGUACACGUCGUGCAAGGCCUUUCUUUCCACCCUGAACGAGAUGAACGACUACGCGGGGCAGCACGAGGUCAUCUCGGAGAACAUGACGUCGCAGAUCACCGUGGACCUGGCGCGCUUCGUGCAGGAGCUGAAGCAGGAGAGGAAAUCGAACUUUCACGAUGGCCGGAAAGCGCAGCAGCACAUGGAGACCUGCUGGAAGCAGCUUGAGUCCAGCAAGCGGCGGUUCGAGCGGGACUGCAAGGAGGCUGACCGGGCGCAGCAGUACUUCGAGAAGAUGGACGCGGACAUCAACGUGACCAAGGCCGACGUGGAGAAGGCUCGGCAGCAAGCUCAGAUACGUCACCAGAUGGCAGAGGACAGCAAGGCAGACUACUCGUCGAGCCUUCAGAAGUUCAACCAGGAGCAGCACGAGUACUACCACACCCACAUCCCCAGCAUCUUCCAGAAAAUCCAAGAGAUGGAGGAAAGGCGGAUCGUGAGGAUCGGGGAGUCCAUGAAGACGUAUGCCGAGGUGGACCGGCAGGUGAUCCCCAUCAUCGGCAAGUGCUUGGACGGGAUAGUGAAGGCGGCCGAGGCCAUCAACCAGAAGAGCGACUCACAGCUGGUAAUAGAAGCUUAUAAGUCGGGCUUUGAGCCCCCCGGAGACAUUGAAUUUGAGGACUACACGCAGCCCAUGAAACGCACCGUGUCCGACAACAGCCUCUCAAAUUCCAGAGGAGACGGCAAGCCCGAGCUCAAAUUCGGUGGCAAAUCCAAAGGAAAGCUAUGGCCGUUCAUCAAGAAAAAUAAGCUUGUGUCCCUCUUAACAUCCCCCCAUCAGCCUCCCCCUCCUCCCCCCGCCUCUGCCUCACCCUCUGCUGUUCCCAACGGCCCCCAGUCUCCCAAGCAGCAAAAGGAACCCCUCUCCCAUCGCUUCAACGAGUUCAUGAUCUCCAAACCCAAAAUCCACUGCUUCAGGAGCCUAAAGCGUGGGGAAGAAACUGGAAAAGGAAAGAAAGAAAAAGGAAAAGAAAUACCAGGACGUUCAGACAAAACAUGUGAACCUAAAGUUUGGGAAAUGGAUUUGACUUCAAAGCCAUCUCAGCAGAGAAGGUGCCCAUUGUCCCCAAAGGACACCCACAGCCUCAGGACUGAGACUCAGUCUCUCUGUUUACACAAAGAACUCAUGAAGAGGACGCUAGGGAAACCCACGUAUGCCUUUGAGGCUAGGGACUAUGUUCUUUCUCUCAAGCUGGGCGCCACCCCCGAGGACUUCAGCAACCUCCCCCCUGAACAAAGGAGGAAAAAGCUCCAACAGAAAGUCGAUGAACUAAAUAAAGAAAUUCAAAAGGAGAUGGAUCAAAGAGACGCUAUAACCAAAAUGAAAGACGUCUACCUGAAGAACCCGCAGAUGGGAGACCCGGCCAGUCUGGAUCACAAACUGACAGAAGUCAGCCAAAACAUAGAGAAGCUGAGGCUAGAGGCCCAGAAAUUUGAGGCCUGGCUGGCAGAGGUGGAAGGCCGGCUCCCCGCGCGAGGCGAGCAGGCGCGGCGGCAGAGCGGGAUGUACGACGGCCAGGGCGCCCCGACGACGGCCAACAGCUGCGCGCAGGACCGCGAGAGCAGCCCCGAUGGCAGUUACACGGAGGAGCGGAGCCAGGAGAACGAGGUGAAGGUGCUGGCCACCGACUUCGACGACGAGUUCGAUGACGAGGAGCCCCUUCCCGCCAUAGGGACCUGCAAGGCCCUCUACACCUUUGAAGGUCAGAAUGAAGGAACCAUUUCCGUGAUUGAAGGAGAAAUCCUGUACGUCAUAGAGGAAGACAAGGGCGACGGGUGGACCCGCAUCCGGAGGAACGAGGACGAAGAGGGCUAUGUCCCCACCUCGUACGUCGAAGUCUAUUUGGACAAAAAUGCCAAAGAUUCCUAAAGUGGCAUUCGCGGCACGAACCGGCGGCGAGCCUCCCAGGAGCCCCCGUGGCCGGGCGCUUGUCUCCGCAGGCCUCCCGUGCUGCUGCCCGCUGCCCGGCCUGCUGGGGGCCGCCCUCCCGCCCACCUGCAGCCCUGUCCCCGCCACCCUGCCUGCCUCUCCUGUCCUUCCUACAGCAUGCUACUGUGGCUCAGCCAGCCCUGAGGCCCACGCUGGUGGCCUGGAGGGGACAGGUGUCCCCAACCGCACAGCAGGGGUCAUCCUCAUCCCCCCAGUCCCCACGUGCCCAGGCCAGAAGGUGGCAGCACGCUGCCCACCUUGCCCCUCCCCUUUGUCCAGGGCCCCAGUCCACAAACCGCGUGCCCUGGCCUCCUCGUCAUUUCACACUGUGCCUUUUUGUGAAAACUUCGCCACGGGUCUCCUGGGGCGAUAACAGAAUCUGGACAAGGAGGACAGGGCAGUCGCAGGGUGUGCUGAGCACCACGUGUCACCCACGCGUCCCCUGGUGUCUUACAUUAGCAGAUGCUUCCUCUCCCAGAGGUGCCUUCCUGAUUGUGGGCUGGCACCUCGUGCUCCACAUGGACCCUGCCCACAAUUCCUGGACCCUCCGGUCGGACUUGGAUGUCCCCCACUCCAGCCACACACACACACUUUAGUUUGGUGCCCUGUCUGCAGAGGCUAGGAAGGUCCACACUGGAAGCCCAACCCCAGCUCGUCCUACCCAUGUCCACCUUAGAUAAGGGGCAUCCUGGUCCACCCCUCCUGGUCAUCCUCCUAUCCAUGAUGACUACAGACCACGCGUGGCACUUGGUGGCCGGGUGACUCUCCUUUUGGUAGCUCAUUAUUGCAAAGUGAAACUUCCUCUUCUUCCCAUGAAUCCCAAGAGUAGCACUGUGGGACUCGAGUGCAUUCAUCACCAAAGACCUGGUGCCUCUCGUGGUCCUUUGGGGACUCUGUGGCCGCCGCUUCUGCCCUUGUCCAUGAGCUCUGCCGGCCAUUGGCAGCCACUGCACUUGCCCUUGGACCUGUUUCCUCCCUCUCCUUUCGGAUCUCUGGGGGGAAUCCGUGGUCACCUAACCUGUGGCCACUCAGGCCUUAGCAGCACAGCUUCUCCUCUUCCUUGGUGCGGAACAAGUCCUGCCGCGUCUCCCGCCGAGGGCGAGGGCCGCGCUCUAGUGUCCUGUGUGGUUGGCAUGCGGGGCUCACCUGGGGCACUACAGUUCUUGGUGUUCGUGACCAGGGAGCCUAGCAAGAGCCACAGGGACAGGGAUGGAAAGGACAGGUCCUCGGGUCAGGCCUGUCUGCUGGUGAUUUGUCCCGUGGAAACCAGGAGAUGACUCCCUGGGCAGACCAGGGGUGACCGCGUACCAGCCUCAGCAGCUCCAUCCCCCUGGCGACUGGAGACCGCAGCAAGGAGAGGCCUGAGGAGCAGGCUCAGGGUCAAGUGGAGGGGGAGCGGGAGCCCUGGCUCGCUGUUCCCCAAAACUGAGGCUGAGCCCAGGGCCGGGGACCUGGAGCAUGGCCUCCACUCAGGGUGGGCAGCCGGAUGGGCCCACGCCUGGGGGCGCGGGAGGGUGGCUUGGCCGAUGGGACUAAAGCCAGGCCCACACAUGAGCGCUGUCAGGGCCCAGCCCCAGCUGCAGACCAGCCCUCGCCCAGCAGCCCCAACCCGCCGUCGCAUGGCGGGCGGCACCUCUGGGACUCCUGGACUUUGCCGAGUCUGGCUGACCACUGACCAUUCCACAAGGAUGCUAAUUUUUUUUAAUCUGAUUUUAGAGCCUCCGUAAUGCAUGUGCGUCGUGCCGUUUCACAUCGCGGUCCAGGUAAAUUCGUUUCUUGCAACGUAGGGGGUGAAGUGUCAGCGCGGUUCUUUGUUCCUUUAAUGUCAAGACCCAGUACAGGAUGUGCUCCUGCGCUCUGUGACCUGUCUGUACCACCCGUGCCCCCAAAGGCUGGAGAAUCAGCACUUCCCAAUGCGUCCCCCGGGGCUGCCUCCUUGCCGUUGGUGCCGACGGGCUUGGGAUUCUGUGAUGCUGAGGUCCUACCGUCUACUCUGGGAAUCCUACUGCGGAAGUAUCCCUGAGACCUUGGGGCAGCUCCCAUGGAGGAGAGAUGUGGGUGCUCCGUCCUCGUCCCUGGCACUCGCUGCCCGUCGUUGCUAGAAUACAGUGUUGUAAGGUAAAAAUGGAUCGUUUUUAUCAAACUUGCUCUGAAAAUGACCUAAAGACAAAGGGAAAGAGAGGAACUUGUCAUUUACCCAGGUUUUUCCUUUGGAGGAUGGGGGCGGGGUGGGGGGGCGUGGGAAAACAUGCAGGGAUCUUCCUCUGGGUCUGUCCUGCUCAGCCUCGGGCUCAGCCACCGCGUGACCCACACAGCACAGGGGCCACGAUGCCUUUCCGCAACAUCUGUCAUCAGAAAGUUCACACAACAAAAUGUUACGAUAAUGCAAGGAUUUUUCCAGAAAUUGUGGUUUCAUGUUUCUUACUGGCUCCGCCUCCUGUGCUUUAACACCCCACCCGUUAUUUUUAAAAAUGAUCCAAGCCCAGGGCGGGGUUGUGGCUCAGUGGUAGAGCGCUUCUCUAGCGUGUGGGAGGCACUGGGUUCAAUUCUCAGCACCACAUAUAAAUAAAUGAGUAAAAUAAAGGUCAAUGAACAACUAAUAAAAAGAAAUUAAGAAAAAAAUGAUCCAAGCCAGGCAGGGUGGGGCACACCACCUGAAUCAGGAGGCUGAGGCAGGAGGAUUGCAAGUUUGAAGCCAGCCUUUGCAACUUAGGGAGACCCUGUCUUAAAAUUAAAAAGGGAUGGAGAUAGAGCUCAGAUAAAGCACCGAGUUCAAUCUCAGUACAAAAAAAAAAUCCACAAUUAUGUUUUAACCCGAUGUCAAGCACCUUUACACCUUCUUGUGUGUGCGUGUGUAUAUGUGUGUGUGUGUAUGUGCGCAUGUGCGUCUGUGUGUGUGUGCACGUGCGUGCGUGCACUUACUCUACACUUGGAGGCAUUUCAGUGUUGUAAACGCCCCUUGCCACUGUUAAGGUCUGAAAUUGCCUGUUUUUCCCUGGAAAUGGAAUUAAACCAAAUAAAGUGCUUCCAUUGGAAGGCCCACAUUGACCUUGUAACUAUGUUAAUCUUCUAAAUGUUAAAUAAAGUGUAACUUCUGGUGUAGCA